UUGACAACGCACACUUGACUCACGCACUGAGCUGUGUGUCUUCUCUUGUCUUCUCAACUCUCAACUCUCCCGUUUCCUCUCUCCUAACAAUGCACAGACAGUCCCUGGGUUCGCCCUCCUCCAAGCUCCACCAUGGAGUCGCCCUCGCCGACCACCACGCUCUCCCCGCCGACGACGCUCCCAAGCCUCACCGCAUGUCCUCUCCGCCUCACCGCCCUCCUCACAAGCUCAUCCACCUCAUUCCUCUCCUCACUCUCCUCUGUUUCCUCAUCCUCUACCUUUGCUCCCACACUCCCUCUCCCUCAGAUUUAGAUCAUGUUCCUGGAUUCAACCGCUCCUCCAAGCAACAUGUAUUAGAUUCAGUUGCGGAGAUCAACGACAUUGAGCGUUACACGGACGCCAAGAGAGCUGAUGUUUUCGCGAUCCGAAGCCUCCGUAAUUUACAGCAGAUACAAAAAAAUCGCCUCAACAGAAAACUCGCCGAUUUUUAAUCACUUUUUUUUUUUUUUGGUUUUCUCCGCCACGGGUUUAUGUUACGACUUACGACCCUUGACGCUCCUCACCACGGUCCCUACCACGUGCUUUGCUUGUACAUCAAAAAUCCAUUGCUUCUUCCUUUUUUUUUAAUUUAUUUAUUUUUCAUUUUUCGUCACGAAAAAUAAAAAAAUCCAUCGGCUUCCACCUGAAUUUCACGUUGUGUUGUAUGACAAUUUCCAUUUCAGGAGACGGAACACAGCGAAUAAAUUCUUUUUCUUUGUUUUUUUCGUA